AAACAAUCGCAGAAUUCACAGCCGCUCCUGUUGCUAUGGUUACCUGCAGCAGGUUGCCGAGCGAGGACGGUUCCGUCAUCAGCAACGAAUCAGAGAAGCUCAACUCUGGUCGGGGCUCGGCGGCUCAGAAAGUCACAGCACAGCAGAAAUUGACAAAGGAAGAGACACGCAAGAAGAACGAUCCCUACGACACCUCAUUUGGUUCCCUGCAGCUUAUUUCCAUAAAGCCCAUGACUGCUCCACCCACCUAUUCACACCCCGCCUCCUCUGACCGCAGCCAAGACUCAGCCAUCCUCAAUGGAAAUGGAGAGGUGAACCUAGCUCUGAAACAGAAGUCUGACAUAGAGCACUACAGGAACAAGCUAAGGCUGAAGGCCAAGAGGAAAGGGUACUAUGACUUCCCUUCAGCGGACGGCAGCGGGAGUGGUAGCAGGACGCUGGCACAGAGGCAGAGACACGGACAUGAGAGGGCACCUGGAGAGCAUGGCCCACCACUGGAGCCUGAUGAAGACCGGGCAUCCACCUACGUCAAGUCCAGCAGGAGACACUCUCAGGUGAGGCAGCGGACCUAUCGGAGCAGGCAGAGCCUGAACAGCCCGAGUACCGGAGGAACAGAGAUGGACCUGCUGGUUAUGAGGGAGAGACCCAGGAGAGGCAUCAGGAACAGCGGCUACGACACUGAACCGGAGCUGAUUGAGGAGACCAACGUGGAUCGUCUGAUUGGCCCGCGGGGGGGUUAUGUCUGCCCCAAAGGGGUCAAAGGUCACUCAGAGACCUCCACGUUGAGCUCCCAGCCGUCCAUCGACGAGGUACGCCAGCAGAUGCACCUGCUCUUGGAGGAGGCCUUCAGCCUGGCCUCAGGGGGACACUCCUCCACAGCCGCACGCCACCACCACUCCCAUCACCCCCACCACGGUUACCACCACGGUUACCACCACGGCCACUACAGCCCCGGACCUCCACCCCUGCCCUACUCUGACGUGGUGACCAGUGCCCCGGGAACCAUGAGCCGUGGCCGGGGAGAAGGGCUGCAGUGGGUGCCGGCGUACGGAGCAGACAUGUAUCAGUGCAGCCUCCCCAAACCUGCAUUUAGGUUCACCCAGCUUCCUGACAUGGUUAUGACCUCUCCUCCACCCCCUAUUCCCCCUCGCACCGGCCCCCCUCCAGGGACCUCUCUAAGACGCUCCUCGCCUGACCUGGGGUCCACGGCCAGGAUCUCAGAGUCUGGGACCAAAAUGACGGACAUGCAGACCCAGCACAAUGACAGCAGCGUCCCCUAUGUCUCUCUCUCUAGAGCAGCACUCCCCUCAGUCCCCCUCUCCAGAGCAGCACUCCCCUCAGUCCCCCUCUCCAGAGCAGCACUCCCCUCAGUCCCCCUCUCCAGAGCAGCACUCCCCUCAGUCCCCCUCUCCAGAGCAGCACUCCCCUCAGUCCCCCUCUCCAGAGCAGCACUCCCCUCAGUCCCCCUCUCCAGAGCAGCACUCCCCUCAGUCCCCCUCUCCAGAGCAGCACUCCCCUCAGUCCCCCUCUCCAGAGCAGCACUCCCCUCAGUCACAGCAGAACAGCCGGUGUUCACCUACUCAGGAAACCCCAUCACAGCGGUGUACGCCAUCCCAGCCUCGCGGUCGGGUUACUCUGAGUACUUUGCCUCCACGCCCCCGUCCUCCUACCACAGCCCAUCCUGGAUGUCCUACCCCCCCGAGCCUGAGGACGUGCCCCCCCAGUGGGCUGACUCUGUGGCUCUCCCAGGGUACGUGGAGGCCUUCCCUCAUCCCCGCUACCCUCAAGGCAGCUCCCCCAGACUCCCCCUACACUACGGUCAGGCCAUGGAGCCACCCCCCACCCCGACCAGCGCCGCGUCCCAGCAGAGCCUGCCCGAUGCGGGGAAGCCCAGAGACAGAGUCCCCCUCAGCAGUCUCUCCACAUCCGCCCUGGUCCAGGCCAUCCGCCAGGAGGUGGCAAAGCUGGCCAAGAAGCAGACAGACAUGUUUGAGUUCCAGGUGUAAUCCCUCCCUCUAGUGGCCGGGAGGUGGAAUUGCAGCACUCUCUUUUCUGAACAUGCUGUAACACUAGAGACAAAACAAACUCUCAAACUCAACUUUUUUGACAUUUGUAUAUUAAGACAGAUAAAAGCCUCUUUCUUUCUAUUUCUCUCUCUCCCCCACCUCUCUCAAAGUGGGAAAGUCCCACGUUUCUCCGAUGUGUUUUAUCACCAUGCUGUUAUUUUGGAGUUACUGAAGACUGAAAGUGUUCUAUCUCAAACUGUCCGUCAUCUCUUCUUAACGAUGUCUCUAUAGUUACAUUACCUGUUCCUUUACAUUGUACAUAUGUCAUCCCCACAUCUAAAGACCUGUAAUAAUGAAAGAUGAGUGUUUCACUAACCAGGACAGUAACCUUAGCAACCCACAGAGGAGUAUGUCAUGACAUCAAUAGAACAAUUGAUGAGGCAGAGAGAGUCGUCACAUGUUCAUGCACAAAGGUCCAACCACUUCAGAACAUCAGAAUGAAGUGAUAACGAGCCAAGGGUUUUAGGAGGAUAUAUUGGCACGGUUGUUGUUAGGCCUGAGAUGAAGUCGAGGGCAGGCAGACCGUGGCACUAAAUCCUCCAAACACCGGUUUCGAGGGCAUCACUUUUAUACAAUGUGUUACCAACAUAUUCAAAUAAUGAUUGACAUAUGGCCAUUAGUAUUAUUUUACAUCCUUCUACAAGAUAUAGUCCCGACACAAAUCUAGCCGGCUUGUCGUCCGUUCUAUCAGUUUGGUUGCUACAGUAGAGAAGCGACACAGAGUCGUUCAGUCUUUUUGUUCUGUAUUUAUGCGUGCGACCCAGUCAUUUGUUCUAAAUGUUCCGUUUCCAUGCCGGCUGGCAACGUUCUUAUCCCUUUCUUUCUCGUUAGCCAACUAAGGCUAACUGACAACUAGAAUAACAACAAAGUAGCUGCAUUUGUUUUAGCUGUUUUCUAGAGAUAUUUAUUUGGAUAAAUCCAUAACAAUGAGCUAAUGAGGCUUGAUUUGUCCUGGCAUAGAUAAUGUGCUCACUUGUCAGGACACUGUUGUUCAGAGAGGCUAACCAACAACACAGCUACACAGUCACUUCAAACUGAAGCUGGAAAGACUGCAAACGAGCUGCACUUCGUUUCAUUUGACCUUUUUUCAAUUUACAUUUCUUUGUAUAUAUCCAUAAAAACGAUACCAGAUGAUUCAUGAUUUUGACUUGUUGAGAAACGCUGCCUGUCUGUCUUGUCCCGACUCCCGACAUGUUCAUUACUAUGGGACAGCUGGAGGUUGAAUUUGAAUAUUGAAACAAUGUUGCAAAUGUCGGAGAGACAGAGAGCAAGAUUAAUACAACACUCUGCUGUUGAAAACUAAAUGUUAGUCUAAAGGAAAUGUGAGACAAUGUCUAGAUGCUUUUUAUAGUGGAGAUUAAGUUUAUAAAUAGCAUAGCUGGGUUGAUGAGGCAGUGGUUUGCGCAGUCAGAUGGAACAGAGUAAAUAGACAUUUUAACAUCAUAGAUUUAGCCGGUGGUAACUUGUGGAAUAGACACUGGCUGGAAUGCGGUUUUAACCAAUCAGCAUUCAGGAUUAGACCCACCUGUUGUAUAAUGUGUAUAUAUAAGCAUGUAAAGGGAUGCCAUGUAUCUUAGCUCUUUUUAUAGAACAAGUCCAUUUCAACUAAAAGAGAGACUUCUGUUUUGUUGUCAUCUGCAAUGGCCCUGAAUAUUACAUCUUCUGACUGAGGUGAUUUACCUUGUUAUGUUCUUCAAUGACAAUUGAGAACUGAGUCAGAUUCUCUUUUCCUGUGUUCAGCCAUGUCUUCUACGUAUCAUUUCAAGCAGUUUGAAAACAACAUGACCACAAAUUACAUUGGACCACAAAUUAGGCACAAUUGAAGUCAGUAGAUUUAAAGAAGGGUGUUGAUUUUCUCCUAUGAAAAGGAGGUGCUGGUAUUGUAUAUGAAUGGAUAUGAACAGUGAGUUGAGAUCUGACACCAUGUUUGGAAGACACACCUGUCAGAACACAUGUGCCUCAUAAACUGUGAUUAUUGUGUCGACAAACACUUGAAUCUGAAGGAUGCCAACAACAAUUUAGCUUGUUUCUUCACGAUGCCUCCAAACUGCCUUUCACAACGUGAACAUGAUCAGAAAUCCAGUACUGUAGCCCUUUUCUUGGACACUGUAAAGUUGGACUGGGUUUAACACAACUGUAAAUGUACUGUGUUUCUUAACAGAAAGGAGAGAGGACACUUUAAAUGCUGACACAGUGCUCAGUUAGAUUUCUCUUUUCUUUAGAAAUCAGAAAGAAAUCAUAAAUUGGCCACAGAAUCCACUCAGCAAAUGUUAGAGAAAGUAUGUAUUGCACUGUAAGGAUUCUAUAUAACAGAGUGUCAUAUCUGUGUUCUACACAAUACAUUUCUACAUUCUGUAAUGUUUUUUCUUCUAAUAAUGAUCAAAUAA